AUGUCCGAGUCUCUUGCUUCCUCUCAUCCAGUCGUUUCAUCGUUCCUCUGGUGUUGCUCUGCCUUUGUCCCCUUUUUAAGCAGACUCGUUAGUGUCAUUUGGGCCAUGGGGUUCAUCACAUGGUGCACUGUCACGCUCUGCCUGCUCUCCACUCUCUUUGCCGGGGACACGAGUAUGGCCAUGUGGCAGGUGUCACAGCAGGACCCAGUAGGCAACUCCACCAUGCAGCAGUGGCUUCCAUGCGCCCGGGCAAGCGACGCGCGGCAGGCCGUCAACACCACCACCACCGCCCUCUCUACCUCCAUCUCCCUGCUCAACACCUCCAUUGUCACGCACUACCCCCAGCUGUUGCCUGCACUCAACGCCACUGGCAUCUGCAGCCCCUACGUGGGCGGCGGUGCUGACCUCAGCUACAACGUCUCCUCCUGCCCGCCCGGCACUCUGCCGCCCGCCGCAUUCCUCCAGGCACUCGCCAAGCUGCCGUGCACCAACGGCACGUGCCAGGUGCAGCUUCCCAACGGCACACUCACGCAGCUGCAAGUGCCCCCAGCUGCUCUCGCUGAACUUCAGACCGCCUAUGCGGGCCUGACACAGCUCGUGGCGUCUGUGCCGGUGCUGAUUCAGAUCGCCAACUGCACCUACGUCAAGGAGAUUUGUGAGCAUGCAUCAGGGAUGGCAAACGACAUGGAGAGGGAUUUCAGCAUGCUGUGGUGGGGCUUCAUCGUCAUCUCAGUAGCCUCCAUGCUGCUCGCCCUAGCCCUCCCCAUCUACAUCUUCCGCUCAGCCCACCCACAAACCGACCCGCUAGCACACCCACUAACCCACCUGCAAGCCCAACCGCUGGCCCUGCCUCCUGGCGGCUCAUGCCCCUCUUCUCCUCCCCGCACUCCUCCCCACGAUCGCCCUUCCCCGCCGUGUGUUGCUGACGGCCCCCCGUCUGAUCCGGACAUGGCUCAGUGA